AUGGCACCACCAACCAACCGCGACGAGAUCCUCGCCCGCCUCCGCCGCCAAAUCUCAGACGGAAAGCCCAUCGUCGGCGCUGGAGCCGGAAUCGGCCUAUCCGCCAAAUCCGUCGAAGCCGGCGGCGGCGACCUAAUCAUAAUCUACAACAGCGGCCGAUUCCGCAUGGCCGGCCACGGCAGUCUCGCGGGGCUAAUGCCCUACAGCAACGCCAACGAAGUCGUCGUGGAGAUGGCGUCGGAAGUGCUCCCUGUGGUGCAGCACACGCCCGUGAUCGCGGGAGUCUGCGGCACCGAUCCACUGAAAGACAUGCCGCGGUUUCUGGCGCAGCUCCGGGAUUUGGGGUUUGCGGGGGUGCAGAAUUUCCCGACGGUGGGGCUCAUUGAUGGGCAGUUUCGGGCGAAUCUGGAGGAGACGGGGAUGGGGUUUGGGAAGGAGGUUGAGAUGAUUAGGGGCGCGGCGGGGAUGGGGCUUGUGACGACGCCGUAUGUGUUUAAUGUUGGGGAGGCGGAGGCCAUGGCGCGUGCUGGGGCGGAUGUGCUGGUUGCGCAUAUGGGACUGACGACGAGUGGGACGAUUGGGGCGAAGAGCGGGAAGGGGCUUGAGGAGUGUGUCAAGGAGAUUCAGGCGAUCAGGGAUGCGGCUGUGAGGAUUCGCGAGGAUGUUAUUGUGCUCUGUCAUGGGGGCCCGAUUGCGAAGCCGGAGGAUGCGAGGGUUGUGCUUGAGCGGGUGAAGGGGCUGCAUGGGUUCUUUGGGGCCAGCUCGAUGGAGAGAUUGCCUGUUGAGGUUGCUAUUAAAGAUACGACAAAGGAGUUCAAGGGGAUUGCCAUAAGUAAUUGA